AUGAAUCGUGUUCUCCCACUUCUGCGUCCUGAUGAUGUUCAAGUGGAAAGUGCAAUUCCAUCUUCAAGUCGCCCAAAACGCCGGACAACUGCCGCGGCAAUCGAUCAAACAGUGAAUUCCACGCAAAAUAACACACCGGCUAAAGUUAGGGUGAGUAUUAUCGAAAAGCUCCAUCGAAAUAAACACGCAACGCAGACCGCGUCGCGCCACAACACAAGGGAACGAUUCAAAUUCCCUCCUUUUUUUUGUGUGUGUGUGUUGUACCGCGACGCGGUCUGCGUUGCGUGUUUAUUUUUAAAUUUCAGAUUUUUAUUGUUGAAUUAAAAACACGUGAGAAAUAAAAAACUAGGUCAAGUGAUGUGGAUUUAAAAACAGUAUAGGUAGCCAUGUCGUCAAUUGCGAUGCGGUUCUGCGUUGCGUGUUGACCUCGGUAUUUUCCAUUGGAUUUGUCAAAUUUUCAUUUCUAAAAACGUGUCGCCCACACGCAUCGCAACUGACGACAUGGCUACCUAUACUGUUUUUAAAUCCACGUCACUUGACCUAGUUUUUUUAUUUCUCACGUGUUUUUAAUUCAAUAAUAGCUGAAAAUUCGCUGAAAAUCCUGAUUUUCAGGUCAAUUUCAGUCAAAAAUGGCCAAAAAUCGUGAUUUUCAGCCAAAAUUUCAGAUAUUCAAGUUGCUCAUUUUUUUAAAAGCAAAUUUCAAGAACUUCAAAAUGAACCUAAGAAAAUUUCAGAUUUUUAGCUGAAAACGCUCAAAAAUCGUGCUUUUCGGGUCAAUUUCAGUCAAAAAUGGCCAAAAAUCGUGAUUUUCAGCCAAAAUUUCAGAUAUCCAAGUUGGAUCUCUCUUUUUUUUAGCCAAUUUCGAAAAAUAGCGCGCAAAAUGGAGAGACGCGAGAGAUUUUUGUGCAUUUGUGCGUCACCGUGUUUGCACAAGUCAAUACAGUAUACCAACCGCGAACCGAGGGCCAAAAAAUAUUGUAUUCGAUGCUUUAACAAAAAAUUCAAUUUUUUCCAGCAAGGAAGUCUAUCCACAAAUCUCCGACGCUAUGGAAGUAUGGAAGAACCAGAUCUGCCCACCAAGAAAUUCGAUGAUAGCAGCAGUGAAGACGAAUCCAAAAAAUCCAGCAAGAAAACGAGCCCGAAGAAGAGUUCUUCUCGAAAACCAUCGCUUGCUCGAGCAUUGUCGCCAGCUUUUAUCGAUAUUCAAGAAUCCGAAGAGCAUUUGCCAAAGAUGACAAAUCCAACAACUCGAAAAUGGUGA